UCUUUCAGGCAUGGAAGUGCGAAAUUGGAGUCGAAGAUUCUGGAGCUGCUAGGGAUCGAGCACCCGCGACCGUUGGUGAGUGGCAUAAAGGACGACAUUGCUUCGCGUUUCAUGGCUGAUUUAUAUCGGAAUAUGGAGCAUGAUAUGGAGCUCAGUCCCUCUUAUAAAUAUCUUGCUAGCGGUCAAUUAUUAUCGGCUGACGAGAAGGAGGCCAUCGAGCUGGGAGAGGCAGAUACGAUUGUUUCUUUUCUACCUCGAGAGCAGAAAACGGAAGCUGAUCACGGUACAAGUGUACGAUUUGACUUAGAUGAUGUGCCCAUUCGAAGCCGACUGUUGCACGCUGAACUUCGUAUAUUUUUCAACGGAUCUAUGAAGCCGCUGCGUGUCUACGCUACGAUACCAUAUACGAGGGCCCGAGAUCGUUUAACAACGGUCGAAUCUCGUAUAUCAAGCAGUGGACAUUUUGUUGUGAACAUUACGGAGGCACUUCGGCGCUGGAUUCACGAUCGCUCAAUUUCCACUAUUGUAACUCUCUAUGCAGUUUCCACACGUGGCGAGCACAGACUGUUCGAUAGUUUUGGUGAAUGGCGUAGCUUCGGCAUAGCCUCCUUUGUGGAUACUGUGUCUUAUCCGCAUCAGCGUACAAAACGUGAUGCAUCCGGUGACGGCGGCGCAUUUGAGGACUACGGUUAUGGCUUCUCGGCAAGACCUGAUCCAUUGAGGCAUUCAGCGUCCAAUAAAGGUUGCCGUCGACGAACACUCUAUGUCGACUUCAAGGACCUUGGCUGGCAGGACUGGGUGAUUGCACCGGAUGGCUAUCAUGCCUACUACUGUGACGGUUUUUGCUCGUUUCCUCUGAACAACCAUAUGAAUGCGACAAAUCAUGCCAUUGUCCAGACGCUUGUUCACCUCAUCGACCCGACCAGGACAUCGGAAGCGAAAUGUGCCCCAUCAUCGUUGCGUUCGAUGAAAAUACUUUUCAUUGAUAAUGCUCAGAAUGUGGUUCUCAAGCGUUACAAAGAUAUGCAAGUGCGCGAUUGCGGUUGUCAGUAG